ACACUGUAUGUAGAAGAAGCACAUUUAUUUUCACGUGUUUGGACGCAGUAGUGUAUUUUAUAAUUUAACUUUGAAAUGGCUCUUAAACGAUUGAAAACAAAAAAGUCGAAACGCUUAACUGGAAAAUUGAAGCACAAAAUUGACAAAAAAGUACGCGAACACAAUCGAAAGGAACGUCGUGAGGCCAAAAAGAACACCAAGAAGGGCAGCAAGAAACAGAAACUGAUACAGAUCCCAAACAUAUGCCCAUUUAAGGAUGAUAUACUUAAAGAAGUGGAAGAGGCCAAGCAACGCCAGGAGGCAGAGCGUCAAGCCCGCAGGGAACAGUUCAAAGCAGAGCGCGCACAGAACAAAUUCAAGUCGUUGGAGUCGAUGGUGGAGAAUGCCGACAUGCGGGGCACAGUGCAUGGUAUAAUGCAUGAGAACGAUGAUAGCAAUCCAACAGAGAGGAAAUACAAGAACGCAGCCACCAAGGAGCAAUCUCUGAAACAGUACUUUAAGGAGUUCCGCAAAGUUAUUGAGAACGCAGACGUUGUCCUCGAAGUAGUCGAUGCACGCGAUCCUUUGGGUACACGCUGCAAUGAAGUUGAGCGAGCUGUGCGCGCUGCCCCGGGAAAUAAGCGAUUGGUGCUCAUUUUGAAUAAAGCUGAUCUUGUGCCUAGAGAAAACCUUAAUAAUUGGAUCAAGUACUUUAGACGCAAUGGACCCGUGACAGCGUUUAAGGCGUCCACGCAGGAUCAGGCAUCGAGGCUGGGCCGUCGAAAGUUACGCGAUAUGAAAACCGAGAAAGCCAUGCAGGGAUCCGUUUGUAUUGGAGCCGAGUUGCUAAUGUCUAUGCUGGCAAAUUACUGUCGCAACAAGGGCAUUAAAACCUCAAUUCGCGUAGGAGUUGUGGGCAUACCCAAUGUAGGCAAGAGUUCCAUUAUAAACUCAUUAACUCGAGGACGUUCAUGCAUGGUGGGAAGCACACCUGGAGUAACUAAAGCCAUGCAAGAGGUUGAAUUGGACUCGAAGAUCAAGCUUAUUGACUGUCCUGGCAUUGUGUUUACCAGCAUUGCCAGCGAAGGCAACGAGAACUCGCACGCCGUUUUAAAGAACGCACAACGUGUGGGUGAUGUCAAGGAUCCCUUCAGCAUAGCCGAGAGCGUUUUGAAAAGAGCAAGCAAAGAGUACUUCUGCAAAAUGUACGAUAUUACCAACUACGAUACAUUUGAAGAGUUCUUUGCUAAGAAAGCUGCCAGAAUGGGUAAAUUUUUAAAGAAAGGCGUACCUGAUGUCGUUGCCGCUGCACGUAGCGUUCUAAAUGAUUGGAAUACGGGCAAAAUCAAAUAUUGCACACAACCGCCAGAGGUGCCGGAAGUUACAAAUGUACACAUAAGUGCUUCAAUUGUUCACGCUGAGGCGCGUGAGUUUGACGUGAAUAACUUCGAGUCAAUGGAAACAGAUAUACUGAACCAAUGCCCCGAGACAGCCGACGACGUUAUGGAAAUAACAUCAACCGGUCCUUUAGAAUUGAGAGUGCCACACGAAGAGGUGCAGCCGAUUGCUUCAGUAAUAGCCGAGAAGGAAGAACCAGCGAAAGGUCGUAAACGAAAGUUGGACGACGAUAAGAAAGAGAAGCCAGAUCCCGUGCUACUUUUAGAAGAAAACCAAUCCCUCAAUAAAAACAUUAAGGAGCUGCAGAAAAAGAAGAAAAAACAAAAUGUUCGGAAUGAGAAGAAAAUUUCGAAAAUUACUGACGUCCUGGACAGCUUUACUCUGAGUGCGCCAUCGGCGACAGCUGAUAAAUAUGACUUUGAUCAAGAUUAUGUUAUUGAAUGAUCUAAUUAUAUAAUAUGUUUUAUAUAGAAGAUUUAAAUAUAUACACAAAUAAAAAUAAACUUAUGUACAUAUAUGGA